GCAAAUCGUUUCGAUGUGUUCUGUUGUUUUGGCCUUCGGGCGCAACCGGAAAUUAGUCAUACAGUUCCUGUUGAAGCCGGUGUAAUGAAUGAUAGUCCGCCGCCAAUGGGUGAAGUGGACUCUCUGUCUCUGAGCUCUUCUGCAUUGGAUGAUGUGCAACUGACCACUCAACCGGUAUCGACCAACAAGGAUUCCGACCGGGACCGUGACCAUUUGGAGUUGCAGACAGAGACUCGCCUCAUGAACGUGCAGUCCAUUGUAAAACUUACCACUGAAAGUUGUUGGCAGUAUCAUUGGUGUGUGCGUGUGUGA